AUGACUGGUGCUGCACCAACGAAUUCAAAAACAAAACAGUACUUUUGUAGUAUUGAUAUUUUACUAUAUGAAGCAUAUGGACUUUCUGAAACUGGACCAAUUGCAUUUAAUGAUUCAACCAUCAGGAAUUUUGAUACUGUUGGCAAUCCGUUGGAUUGCAACGAAAUUAAAAUUUUUAAUCCAGAUGAAAAUAAAAUUGGAGAGAUAUUACUGAAAGGCCGAUCUGUUUUUAUGGGAUAUUUAAAUGAUCCCGAAAAAACUGCUGAAUCUUUUGUAGGUGAUUGGUUUAAAACUGGUGAUUUAGGUCGACUUGACAAUAAUAAUGAUUUAUAUAUUGUUGGACGUGUUAAAGAACUUAUAAUUACAUCGGGUGGUGAAAAUAUUCCAUUUAUUCUUAUUGAAGAAUCUAUUAAAAAAGAAUUACCUGGUAUUAGUAAUGCUCUUUUAAUUGGUGACAAGAGAAAAUAUUUAAGUAUUUUAUUAACAAUAAAGACAAGAAUUGAUCCUGAAAAUGGUGGCCCAUUAGAUGAAUUACAAGAGGAAUCAUUACAAUCAAUUCAAGAUGGAAUCGAUCGUUAUAAUAAAAAAGCAAUAUCAAAUGUUCACACAAUAAAAAAAUUUGCUUUACUGCCAAACGAUUUUUCGAUGGUUACAGGUGAAUUAGAACGUGAUUCAGUUGGUAUAUUAGCAUUUAAUUGUCCAGAAUGGUUUUAUUCAGCAAUAGCUGCAGUAUAUGCUGGUGGUAUUAUAGCUGGAAUAUAUACAACAAAUAGUCCUGAUGCUGUACAACAUGUUUUAGAAACAGCUGGUUCAACAAUUUGUAUUGUUGAUAAUAAAAAACAAAUGGAUAAAAUUCGUGUAGUCAGAGAAAAUUUACCAAAAUUAAAAACUAUAAUACAAAUUAAUGGACCAUUUGAUUCAUUUGUAAGUGUUGAAGAUGGUUAUUAUAAAUGGAGUGAUAUUGAACAAAUGCAAAUCGACAAUGAUAUUGAAAUUGAAUUAGAAAAACGUUUAAAUGCAUUAGUACCGAAUGAAUGUUGUUCAUUAAUAUUUACUUCUGGCACAACCGGUAAACCAAAAAGUGUUAUGUUAUCACAUGAUAAUAUUAUAUUUACCGUUAAAGCACUUUUCAAAGCACUUGAAGCUGUUAAGAUAGGUGAAGAAACGCUGAUUUCAUAUUUACCAUUGAAUCAUAUUGCAGCUCAAAUUUUUGAUAUAUUUUUACCAAUAAUAUUAGCCGGUUGUGUUUAUUUUGCUGAUCGUGAUGCUUUGAAAGGUACUCUUGUUAAAACAUUAAUAAAAGCACGCCCGACAAGGUUUUUGGGUGUACCAAGAGUAUGGGAGAAAAUACAUGAAAAAAUGAUUCAAGUUGAAGCAAAUUCAAAUGUCUUAAAUUCAUUUUUGUUAAAUAUUGCAAAAAAAUUUGUUCACAAUUAUCACGAAGCGCACAUGACAGGUGAAUAUGGUAAUUUUAUAGCAUAUAAAACUGGACAACAAAUUACAAAUAAAGUUAAAAAUGGUCUUGGUUUUGAUAAAUGCCUUACAUUUAUAACUGGUGCCGCACCAAUAAAUUUAGAAACAAAACGUUAUUUUUGUAGUAUUGAUAUUCUUAUAUAUGAUGGGUAUGGAUUGUCUGAAGCCGGACUUGUUUCAUUAAACAAUGCAGCAAUGAGAAAUUUCGUAACAGUUGGCAAACUUUUAAAUGGAAUCAAAAUUAAAAUUCAUAACCCAGAUGAAAAAGGAGUCGGAGAGAUUUUGGUUAAAAGUCGUUCCGUUUUUAUGGGAUAUUUAAAUGAAUCGGAAAAAACUGCUGAAACUUUUGAUGACGAUUGGUAUAAAACUGGUGAUUUAGGUCGACUUGAUAAUAAUAAUGAUUUAUAUAUUGUUGGACGUGUUAAAGAACUUAUAAUUACAUCGGGUGGUGAAAAUAUUCCAUUUAUUCUUAUUGAAGAAUCUAUUAAAAAAGAAUUACCUGGUAUUAGUAAUGCUCUUUUAAUUGGUGACAAAAGAAAGUAUUUAACAAUUUUAUUAACUAUAAAGACAAGAAUAGAUCCUGAAAAUGGUGGCAUAUUAGAUGAAUUAGAACAGGAAUCAUUACAGUGGAUGGAAGCAUUAAAUUUAAAAUAUACGAAAUUGUCAGAAGUUUUAAAAUCUGGACCAUGUCCUAUAGUCCUGAAAUCAAUUCAAGAUGGAAUUGAUCGUUAUAAUAAAAAAGCAAUCUCAAAUGUUCAUACAAUAAAAAAAUUCGCUUUAUUACCACAUGAUUUUUCGAUUAUUACAGGAGAAUUAGGUCAGUGUUUGAUACAAUAUUAA